AUGAAAACUAUACAUUUGAGAAUCAAGUCCUUGGAGAGUACAAGAAAAAUCACUCAAUCCAUGAAAAUGGUAGCUGCAUCAAAAUUUGCUCGAGCAGAAGUUGUUUUUCAGAAAAUGAAAGGUUUGAUGGAUGCGUCAAGAUCUUUUUUUGAUAAAACUAAAAUCAAAUUGGAUACAAAUCUUCCAAAUCAACUUAUCAUAUACAUUACAAGUGAUCGAGGCUUAUGUGGGCCCGCCCAUUCUGGCUUAUUCCGUAAAUUACGGGAUGAAUUGAAAGUAACCAAAACCAGUUAUAAAAUUGUUUGUUAUGGAGUAAAGGGAAGAAACUUGAUGAGCAUGCUGUUCAGCGAUCAUUAUUUAUUUGUUGCUACAGAGGCUGGAACAACGCAGCCUAUUUUCCAGGACGCGGCCAAGGUUGUGGAUCAACUCAUAAGAAGCGACUACAAUUAUGAAACUGGAAGAAUUGUAUUAAAGGCAAGUGCCAUGCGUAAUAUAUAUCAAGAUAUUUCAGAUGAAGAGUUGAGAUGUUUUUCGGAAUUCUUGCUCGCCAUGCAAUUGUAUGGUGUACUUAUUGAGAAUUAUACCUCAGUUCAAUGUUCUCGAAUGAUGGCAAUGGAUGGUUCAUCAAAAAGCGCAGCGGACGCAAUCUCAAAACUAAAACUUCUAUAUAACAGAACAAGACAAGCUACUAUUACAAGAGAGUUAAGUGAAAUUAUAUCAGGAAAGCUAGCGCUUGAACAAGAAGAAUAG